AUGUCCAAAAUACCGAAAAUAGCAUUUGACAGUAAUAAUGCAAGUAUGAUUGCAUUUACAAUACGAACGGAAACAAAUAGCGUUGUAGAACAGGCCAAUAAAAUGAAAUAUCAUUUCCAAAACAAUACUAUUAGUGUAUUUGGAAUUGAUUCAGAAUCAACUAUACCAGUGACUCGACUAAAAACAUAUCAACCGAUCAUUACGUAUCAACUUGGAUCAAUGCAUUUCACACCUGCUGAAAAUGAAGAAGUACCCAUGGAAUCAGCGCCAUACUUCUCGGUUGAUCCAGUAUCAGGCGAUAUUCGCAUUGAUCCAAUGCUUGGUGAUUACACGGAAGGUGUGUUUACAUUUGAUAUUGUUGCCACUCAACAACGAACAGCAACAGAAUCCAUAAAAAUAGCACAUAUUGUUAAACAGGUACAUAAUGUGAAACUACCAUCAUUGCUGAAAUUUAUCUUCGAUCAGAAUGUUCAUCUUCUAGGAUUGAAUCUUGAGGAUUUCAAGCAACAUUUACAUAAUGCACUGAAAAUGAAACCGACAAUGUCUGAUAUUUCCGUAAUUUUUGGUACACCUCAUGUUUACGAAUCAGCGGGAAGAAACAGGUCAUCAGUAUGCUUUCAUUCCUUACGUGACGGAGUAAUCCUUGGACAGGAAAGUGCUAUUUCGAUACUUUCAGCAACGUUAAAUGGUGGAAACACAUUAUCACGUCUUUAUCAAGUAUUCAAAGUAGCUAAUAUCGAGCCGUGCAUUCAACCAAUUCGUACAUUAUCAUCUGGUUUAAUAAUAUCACGUUCGGCAUUAUUUUGGACUGGCUUCUCACUCGUUGGCAUCCUAAUAUUAUUAUCAUUUUGCAUCUACGCUUGUUUUAUCAUCCGAUACAAAAAUUAUUUGAAUAUGAAGAAAGCAUCAUUGG